AUGGAUGCACUGGAGGUGGUGAGGCGGGAAGAUGGAGACGAGGAGGAUGAUAACGAAGUGACGCUGCAGGAGUGCAUGCGCAUUCACAAACUUGCUCGUUCUGUGGAUGAACUUGUUGCGUGGAGUUUCAUUAUGGGAGAGAAGGAGAUGAUUCUGCAGGAGCUGGAGAACGUUGUGACGCAGACCGAGCAGGAACUGGAGAAGGCGGAGAAGGCAUUGAAGUACCAGCAUCGGCGUUGCGCCCUUAUUCCGGAUGAUAUAUACAUGAGCAGCGAAAGACGAGAUCAACGGCCUCAUGCGGCAAGAGGCGAAGAUCGUGAGCUCAGCGCGCUGUGGGCGGAGCAUGGAAGCUCAUUAACGCAGCAGUACGAGCGGCACUUAGCGAGGUACAAACGGCUGUGGCACGAGUUAUUGGAGGAACCGAAGGUGACGGCGGAAAAUAUCGAGUGA